UUGUACUCUGUAAAGUGGGCAUCCUAGACGCCCCCCACUAACAGGCUGGCCGAUCUGAGGCGCCGGCGGGGUGGUGACCGGGGCGGUGCCCGGAGCCGAGCCUCCCAGCCGGCCGCGACCACGUGGGGCGGCGGCGGCGGCGGCGCGGGCGGAACCCAGGCUCGGCGGCUCGCGGCCCGCCCGGGCCUCUGCAGCGGGGGCCCCGGCGGAAGUGGGGGCGCCAGAAGCUGCUGACCUGGUUUCUUAUCAGGUCACACCUUGACUCCAGAACCCUCAAGGUCUCCCCCCUGCCAUUGGAAAAAGUUUGUCCUUCUGCGUAGGGCAGGGCGAGGGCCACUGCUCCAUUGACAGACCAACCCCAGUUGGCUCCCUUUCUGCCACUCUCCAACCUGUACCAGUUCCAGAUUCAGCCAGCGGGAUUCUUUUCGGAAGCAGGAUUUCCUGAUGGCCUGAAUGGUUUGCGUGUGAGAGGAAGCUGAGCCAGCACAAUGCAGACUCCACUGGCCAUUCCUGUGCCUGUGCUCCGGCUCCCCCGGGGCCCUGACGGCUUGAGUCGAGGCUUUGCCCCUGAUGGACGCAGGGCCCCCCUGAAGCGUGUGGCUACUGAAAUCCAAGCGUGUCCCAUCCUUGAAGAAUAUCCAGAAUCCCAGGAACAGCGGGCCAGAGCCGCCCUUCGGGAGCGCUACCUCCGCAGCCUGCUGGCCAUGGUGGGUCGCCAGGUGAGCUUCACGCUGCACGAGGGUGUGCAUGUGGCCGCCCACUUUGGAGCCACUGACCUGGAUGUGGCCAACUUCUACGUGUCGCAGCUGCAGACUCCCAUAGGUGUGCAGGCUGAGGCACUGCUCCGAUGUAGUGACAUUAUCUCAUACACCUUCAAGCUGUGAAGAUAUUAUUGUGGUCACCCUUCCACUGUGGGCAUAGCCACAGUGUCCCAGGCCUCCAAAUGUUCCUGAAGCAGGCACACUGGGCCCCACAGAGUUCUGAUCUCCCUGGGAAUUUUGAGCCAACCACCUCUGGAUUCUUGAGGCCUUCAGGGUCUAGUUGUAAAAGUCUGCAACCCUAGGAAUUCUAGAUCCUGUUGAAAGGACUGCUCUACCUCACAGAACUCUGGACUCUACAAAGCAUGGGCCUGAUGCCAAUUCCUGAAAACCGGGGUGCGGGGGUGGGGCCUGGAGGAAGAUGAACUGCAGAGUGGGGAUUUGUUUAAUUGAAGAGGUUGCAGAAUUCAGCCACCCUGAAGAUAACUCCCCAGUGCUCCCCUCCUGCCAAAGAACCAAUUAUCCCAGGAAAGCUCGA